CCUUAUAUACAAAAGCUUUGCCACAUUCAGAACACUUGAUAUGGCCUUUCUCCAGUGUGUGAGUAUUCUGGUGCAUGAUAAGUUUGCUGUUGGUUGUAAACAUUUUAUCACAUUCAGAACACUCAAAGCUGCUUUCCAGUGUGAACUGUCCUGUGUAUGAUAAGCUCUGACUUAGUUUUAAAAGCUUUAUCACAUUCAGAACAUUGAUGUGGCUUCUCUCCAGUUGUGAAUCCUCUGGUGUGUGAUAAGAUCUGACUUCAUUGUAAAAGCUUUAUCACAUUCAGAACACUGAUAUGG